GCUUGUUUUAUCAGUGAACAGUGUAAAAUGGGGCAUUUAUUCGGUAGAGUUGUCUUGCUAAAGAACGAGACCGACCGCGUGAUAGAACUCAAAGAGAGCCGCCGGUCUGCCCCUCAUGGUCUUUAUUCAUAUACAAUCCGCCUAGAUCCUUUUCAUGAAAAGAAGAUCGGUGCCACUAUGUUUCACCGACGCACCAAACUAGCAGCAAGACCGACUGUGAUCAGAAUAUUUGUUGAUGGUGUUGAUUUGUUUGAUAAGGUUCUAACUCCUCAAAACUUUAUUGAUUAUUUUCGAAUAUCGUUUAGAGCAGGUGAAGACGAAAAAGUGAUUGUUACAGGUGUUAGAGCAACACGGAGUGAUCAGUUUCGCAGUACCAGGCUUGUAGGUAGUUUGCUCAGUGGCUUGCGCUUUCUGAUCGGAAAUGAUGAACAUGGGAGCCAAGAGGAAGAUAUUGUCUAAAAAAUUGUUACUUGUACUGUAUAUAUGGACUGUAGUAAUAUAGGGUAAUACGCAAGAAGCCUGUAUCAGUACCUUGAUAUCCUAUUGGAACGAAAAACAAAGAUACAUGUAUAUACGUACUGUUUAUAUAAAACAUUCAGGCAUGCCAGAAUAAGGGUUAUUGUACGUGGUGUAAAUAUAUUAAUCUGUAUUUGUAUAUACUGAAUAUGUGCUAUUCUGUAUGAGAAAUUUAAGUACUGUAAAUUCUUGUUUUAUU